UUCGUCUUUUAUCAGAUCAAAAGCAACAAAUCGAAAGAACAAAAUAGUACCCAACAAAAAAAAGGAAAGUCUCAUGAACCAAACCUCUCCGAUCAAACGCCCAAUCUGAAUUCCUCUCAUUUCCGAUGGCCAACGUGUCGGUGGCCGCCGAGUGGCAACUUCUCGGCGACCGUUACUACCGGAAACCGGAACUCUACCACCCGAUGCAGUGGAGGCACAUCGAUCUCAGCCGCAACAAAGUCGCCUGCGCGCCGUUCGGCGGUCCGAUCGCUCUCAUCCGCGACGAUUCCAAGAUCGUCCAGCUCUACUCCGAGUCCGCACUGCGAAAGCUCCGCCUCUUCAACUCCGCCGGCGUUUCUCUUUCCGACGUCGUUUGGAAGAACACCGGCGGUCGCUUGAUCGGCUUGUCGUGGAGCGACGAUCAUACUUUGGUCUGUAUCGUUCAAGACGGCACCGUUUAUCGCUACAACGUUCACGCGGAGCUGAUCGAGCCUAAUCUCUCGAUUCUAGGGCACGAUUACUUCGAGGAGAAUGUGGUAGAGUGCGUGUUUUGGGGAAACGGCGUCGUUUGCAUUACCGAGACUUGUAAGGUUUUCGCUGUGCCGGAUUUCAAGACGAGGACGGUGGUGAGGCUGGCGGAUCCGCCACCCCCGCCGAUUGAGUUGGAAUUGGAACUGGAGCUGCCGCAUUGCGUGGCGGUGAUCGAGCCGCAGUAUACUCUGUCUGGGAAUGUGGAGGUGUUGUUGGCGAUUGGGGAUGGGAUUGUGAUGGUGGAGGAGGAUGAGGUGCAGGCUUUGCCGGUGCCGCCCGGGGACGGGCCGCUUCAGAAGAUGGUUGUUUCCGGUAAUGGGAGGUUUGUCGCGGCGUUUACGCAUGAUGGCCGAUUGGCCGUGUACUCGACUAGGUUCGAGAAGGUGUUUGAGUACCAAUGCGAGUCAGCUCUUCCUCCUGAGCAGCUAGCUUGGUGUGGAUUAGACAGUGUGUUACUUUAUUGGGAUGAUAUGCUUCUGAUGGUGGGUCCUUCUGACGAACCAGUGCGCUACCUAUAUGAUGAACCAGUAGUUCUUGUUCCUGAGUGUGAUGGAGUGAGGAUAUUGACUAAUACAAGUAUGGAAUUUUUACAACUGGUACCUAGUUCCACAGUAUCCAUCUUUAAGAUUGGGAGUACAUCACCUGCAGCUUUACUGUAUGAUGCGUUGGAUCAUUUUGACAGGCGCAGUGCCAAGGCAGAUGAAAAUUUGAGAUUGAUAAGAUCAUCAUUGCCAGAGGCUGUUGAAGCAUGUGUUGACGCUGCUGGUCAUGAAUUUGAUGUUUCUCGUCAAAGGACACUACUAAGAGCUGCAAGCUAUGGUCAGGCCUUUUGCAGCAAUUUUCAACGUGACCGUAUUCAAGAAAUGUGUAAAACUCUGCGAGUCUUAAAUGCUGUGCGCAACCCUGAGAUUGGCAUCCCUCUUAGUAUUCAGCAAUAUAAGUUGCUCACACCGUCCGUUCUGAUUGGUCGUUUGAUUAAUGCACACCAACACCUUCUUGCUCUACGGAUAUCAGAGUACCUUGGAAUGAAUCAAGAGGUGGUUAUAAUGCACUGGGCAUGUUCAAAGAUAACUGCUUCAUUAGCAAUCCCGGAUGCUGCUCUCCUUGAAAUCUUACUGGAUAAGCUGAGAUUAUGCAAAGGAAUAUCCUAUGCAGCAGUUUCUGCUCAUGCAGAUAAGAAUGGCCGCCGGAAAUUAGCUGCUAUGCUUAUUGAACAUGAACCACGUUCUUCCAAACAGGUCCCUCUUCUUUUAAGCAUAGGAGAGGAAGAUACAGCUUUGAUGAAGGCAACUGAAAGUGGCGAUACUGACCUUGUUUAUCUUGUAUUGUUCCAUAUUUGGCAAAAGAAGCAACCAUUGGAGUUUUUUGGAAUGAUACAGGCCAGAAUGCUAGCAAGGGAUUUGUUUAUAACUUAUGCACGGUGCUAUAAGCAUGAAUUCCUGAAGGACUUCUUCCUAUCAAAUGGACAACUCCAAGAGGUGGCUUUUCUUUUAUGGAAAGAGUCAUGGGCAAUAGGAAAGAAUCCCAUGGCAAGCAGAGGAUCUCCUCUCCAUGGUCCACGCAUAAAACUUAUUGAGAAGGCUCAUAGUCUUUUCUCAGAAACAAAGGAACAUACCUUUGAGUCAAAGGCUGCUGAAGAGCAUGCCAAAUUGAUAAGAAUGCAACAUGAGUUGGAGGUGACUACAAAGCAGGCCAUUUUCGUUGAUUCAAGCAUCAGUGAUACAAUCCGCACUUGUAUUGUAUUGGGAAAUCAUCGAGCCGCAAUGAAAGUGAAAACAGAAUUCAAGGUUUCUGAGAAGAGAUGGUAUUGGCUUAAGGUUUUUGCUUUGGCUACAAUCCGAGAUUGGGAUGUCCUGGAAAAGUUUUCGAAGGAGAAGAGACCGCCAAUUGGUUACAGGCCAUUUGUUGAGGCAUGCAUUGAAGCAGAUGAAAAAGGAGAAGCUCUAAAAUAUAUCCCAAAACUUUCUGAUCCUCGAGAAAGAGCUGAGUCUUAUGCUCGGAUUGGAAUGGCCAAGGAAGCUGCUGAUGCUGCUUCUCAGGCAAAAGAUGGUGAAUUGCUUGGUAGAUUAAAAUUGACCUUUGCACAAAAUGCAGCAGCUUCAUCAAUUUUCGAUACUCUUAGAGAUAGACUGUCCUUCCAAGGUGUUUCAUAGUAUUCUGACUCCAAUUUUUGUGUUUCACUCUCAUUAUUUUCCUUUCAAGCUUCUUUUCUGUGUGCAAUGUGUGCAUAUUGUUCCCAUUAAGUUGUGUAUAUUGCUGGAUGAAUGUAAAGGCACAAUAGUUUGACAGUCACAACUGGAGUUUUUGUAAUUGGUGAAGUGCUGCCCCACUAUUCUGAUUAGGAUGUUUUCUAAUUUAUCCAUACUACUUUGUUUGGUCCUGUAUUUUAUCUCGGUAAUUGCAGAAUAUUAUCAAAAAGACAUUGCAGAAACUUAAUUUGCUGUGUAAAUGUUUUCUUGGAUUAAUGAAUAUUGAUGGUGUAAGGCAUUGAAAACA